CAAAACGAGCUAGAAGUAAAGGGUAAGGACCAGUCUCACAUCUGCCGUUCUGCGUGCGUCUCUGCGCAUCUUUCCUACGCCGCAUCUCCCUUUGAACUUCCAUUCCAUGAAGUUCAUAGGUACUCUGAUCCUGUUCAUCCUCUUCUCGGCAUUGUUUGCUCCGGCGACAUCUACAAAUAGCACUUUGAGCAAAGGUUUGUCUCUCUCCAGCGAGAAACCGGAAGAUGUUUUGACUUCGCCGAAUGGAGUGUUCUCCACUGGAUUUUACUCUGUCGGUGACAAUGCUUAUUGCUUUGCCAUAUGGUUCACCUCCCGACCCUCAAGGAUUCAGGGCCGCACGGUUGUCUGGAUGGUCAACCGAGACCAACCAGUUAACGGAAGGAAAUCGAAGCUCUGCCUGCUCAGAACUGGUAAUCUUAUCUUAACCGAUGCCGGUGAGUUUACCGUCUGGGAGACAAACACUAUUUCUCUAGCCUCUGUAGAAUUACAUCUUUACGAUACUGGUAAUCUUGUCCUACGAACUUUGGGAGGUGAAAAUUUGUGGGAAAGCUUCGACUUUCCCACAGAUACCUUGCUUCCCCAGCAAUUACUAACUAGAAAUACAAAGCUUGUCUCCUCGAGAAGCCAGACCAACCAUUCCUCUGGCUUCUACAAGCUUCUUUUCGAUAAUGAUAACGUCCUCUGCCUUCUUUAUGAUGGGGCAAAGGUUUCCAGUAUUUACUGGCCUGAACCAUGGCUUUUGCGCUGGCAAGCCGGAAGGUUCGCGUACAACAGUAGUAGAAUCGCUGUGCUUGAUUCCUUCGGGAACUUUAGUUCUUCCGAUAAAUUUACAUUUUCGUCAGCCGACUUUGGGCAAUUGCUCCAUAGAAGAUUGACACUUGAUUACGAUGGUAAUCUUCGAUUGUACAGUUGGGACGAGGAGGGCGAGAAGUGGGUUGUUUCAUGGCAGGCCUUUCAGGUACCUUGUAUUAUUCAUGGUGUUUGUGGAGCUAACAGUAUAUGCAGCUAUGUUCCUGGUAUUGGCAGAAAUUGCUCGUGCCUUCCUGGAUAUAAGAUGAUAAAUCAUACCGAUUGGUCUCAAGGGUGUGAACCCGAAUUUGAUCUCUCUUUUGAGAAGAACGUGUUUGAUUUUUUGCUGAUAUCCCAUCUUGAUUUCUAUGGUUAUGAUUACAAUAACUACCCCAAUUAUACACUUGAUCAAUGCAAGAAGUUAUGUUUGGAAUUGGCCGAGUGCAAAGCAUUCCAAUACACAUUUGGCACGACUAUUGGUUAUUCAAAUUGUUACCCCAAGAUUCUAUUGAUGAAUGGACAUCUUUUGCCUUCUUUUGACGGAAGCUUCUAUCUGAGAGUGCCGGAAAAUAAUCUCCUCACCAACAUCAAUCUUGUAGAAGAAAUCCGUUUAAAUUGUUCAAGUGAAGGUCCCCUGCUACUGGGAAGAGCAUACCUAAAAAACCGGGUAAACGGGACGGUGAAAUUCAUGCUUUGGUUUGUAUGUGGAUUAGGAGGACUAGAAAUUGUGGGUAUCUUUUUGGUGUGGUUUCUCUUGAUUAGAACCCCCAAAAGUUCUAGUGCAGACAAGCAAGGCUAUCUUCUUGCCAUCACUGGAUUCAGAAAAUUUACAUAUUCCGAGCUCAAGAAGGCCACAAAGGGUUUUACUGAGGAGAUUGGGAGAGGUGCAGGAGGGAUUGUGUACAAAGGGGUGUUGGCAGACAAUCGAGUUGCAGCAAUCAAGCAACUCUACGAAGCUAACCAAGGAGAAGAUGUAUUUCUAGCUGAAGUGAGCAUCAUUGGUAGGCUUAACCACAUGAACUUGAUAGAAAUGUGGGGUUAUUGUGCGGAGGGAAAGCACAGGCUUUUGGUGUCCGAGUACAUGGAACAUGGUUCAUUGGCAGACAACCUGUCUUCCAAUUCACUUGACUGGAAGAAAAGGUUUGAAAUUGCUUUGGGCACUGCAAAAGGCCUGUCUUAUUUGCAUGAAGAGUGCUUGGAGUGGGUUUUACACUGUGAUGUAAAACCUGAAAACAUAUUCCUAGACUCUAAUUAUCAACCAAAGGUGGCAGAUUUUGGGCUGUCCAAACUACAAAGCAGAGGAGAGCCUGACAAUUCAAGUUUCUCGAAGAUGAGAGGAACCCGCGGAUACAUGGCUCCGGAGUGGGUAUUCAAUCUGCCAAUCACCUCUAAAGUUGAUGUUUAUAGCUACGGGAUUGUUGUGUUGGAGAUGCUGACGGGAAAGGAUGUAGCAAAGGGUGUCCAUGCCAUAGACAGUGGAGGGGAGCCACAGCAUAAAAGGCUUGUGUCGUGGGUGAGGGAAAAGAAGAAUAGGGUGACUUCAACUAAGUCCUGGCUUGAAGAGAUCAUAGACCCAAGGUUGGAAGGCAAAUAUGAGUCAGGAAAGUUGGAAACUCUGAUUGGGGUUGCUCUGCAAUGUGCAGAGGAAGAAAAGGAUGCAAGACCCAGCAUGAGACAAGUAGUUGAGAUGCUUUUAGCCCAAGAAAAUGAUCAACAGUGAUGGCAGGCAUGGCAUAGAUGAAGAAAGACUCGAUUGAUUUUCUGCUACCCAGAACAAAAUGAAAAAGAAAAUUAGACCCAGAAAGAUGAUUCAUUUUCUGCCGUUGUUGUAGCAAUGAAUUAUGAUAUCCUUGCUUAGAGUUCAUUAAAAAAAAUAAUGAUGUGCCAUACUUUUUUGAGAAAAUAAAUUCGCUCUUUGAACUUCAAUACUCUCAUGCGACAGCAACAAUGGUUUUAUUGUU